GAAACCACAAAAGCUGUCUGUCAUCUGACGGACUCCCCCCCUUUCAGCUGGCCCUCCGGUAGUUUUUGACAACAACGACUCUGCCGACAAUGUCCGCAUCGUGACUGUCUCCGACAAAAACGUGCUCUUCUUUUUGUCAUUGUUUGGUGUGCUUUUAUUUUCGAGGUCGUGCGUAAUGGAGCCGUCCGCGCCCAAAAGUAAGCUGAAAAAGCUGAGCGAGGACAGCUUAACCAAGCAGCCGGAGGAAGUGUUCGAUGUUUUGGAGAAACUCGGUGAAGGUUCAUAUGGCAGCGUUUUUAAGGCCAUUCACAAAGAGUCGGGGCAGGUGGUAGCCAUCAAGCAGGUUCCUGUGGAGUCCGAUCUGCAAGAAAUCAUCAAGGAGAUCUCCAUCAUGCAGCAGUGUGACAGCCCUUAUGUAGUAAAAUACUACGGCAGCUACUUCAAGAAUACAGACUUGUGGAUCGUCAUGGAGUACUGUGGAGCAGGCUCUGUUUCUGACAUCAUCAGGCUGCGAAACAAAACGCUGACAGAAGAUGAGAUCGCCACCAUCCUUAAAUCGACACUGAAGGGGCUUGAAUACCUUCACUUUAUGAGAAAGAUCCAUCGCGACAUCAAAGCAGGAAACAUCCUUCUCAACACAGAGGGGCACGCCAAACUGGCAGACUUUGGAGUUGCAGGACAGUUAACGGACACAAUGGCAAAGCGAAACACUGUGAUCGGUACCCCGUUCUGGAUGGCCCCAGAGGUGAUCCAGGAGAUUGGUUACAACUGUGUGGCAGACAUCUGGUCCCUGGGCAUCACAUCCAUAGAAAUGGCGGAGGGCAAACCUCCCUACGCUGACAUCCAUCCAAUGAGGGCCAUCUUUAUGAUCCCCACCAACCCUCCUCCCACAUUCAGGAAGCCGGAGCUUUGGUCAGACGAUUUCACCGACUUCGUCAAGAAGUGUUUGGUGAAGAACCCCGAGCAGAGAGCAACCGCCACACAGCUCCUACAGCAUCCGUUCAUCAACCAUGCCAAGCCAGUGACGAUCCUGAGAGAUCUGAUCACUGAAGCCAUGGAGAUGAAGGCCAAGCGGCAGCAGGAGCAGCAGAGAGAGCUGGAGGAGGAAGACGACAACUCUGAGGAGGAGACAGAGGUGGACUCUCACACCAUGGUGAAGUCGGGAAGCGAGGGUCCUGGGACCAUGCGGGCCACCAGCACCAUGAGCGACGGGGCGCAGACCAUGAUUGAACACAGCACCAUGCUGGAGUCUGACCUGGGGACUAUGGUCAUCAACAGYGACGAUGAAAAUGAGGAAGAGGAUCAGGGAUCAAUGAGAAGGCACCCCACCCCCCAGCAGCCCAUCCGUCCAUCCUUCAUGGAUUAUUUUGAUAAGCAGGACUCCAAUAAGGCGGCCCAGCAGCAGGAGAACUACAACCACAACCAGCCCAAGGAGCAGCCCGGCUACCACAUCCAGUCCAAAAAUGUCUUCCCCGACAACUGGAAAGUUCCUCAGGACGGAGACUUUGACUUUCUGAAGAACUUGGACUUUGAGGAGCUGCAGCUGCGCCUGACUGCCUUGGAUCCCAUGAUGGAGCGGGAGAUUGAGGAGCUCAGGCAGCGCUACACUGCUAAAAGGCAGCCCAUCCUGGACGCCAUGGAUGCUAAGAAGAGACGACAGCAGAACUUCUGAUCGUCCCCUCUCCUGGUUUGGGUUCUCUUAAACCAGCACGGAAUGUAAUGUCCCAGAGACUGAAAGGAAAACAAGACGGCCAUAUUUUUACUAUUGGAAGCCCUGAACUGUCCCAACUUCUCACUGAUCUCUGAAUGAAGUUACACCUUUUCUUUCCUGAGUGGCGUUUAUUCAGCUCCAGGACUUUUUCUUUCCAUCUUUAAAAUUUUUUCCUGUGAAGUUCAUUUCCACCGAGCUCUUCUCAGAUUGUGACCAWAAGGAGAAGCAGCUCAGCGGUCAUCAGACUUCUGAAAGUAUCUUAAAGAGUUUCCUCUUUUCUCAGCGGAGCGUCACGACUUGUCGUGCACGCACAGGGAGUCGACGUCGGCACAUAAGGAAGUCGAUCCUCCAGCAGAACCAGCCGCUAAAACGCAGCGGAUUUAAUGAAGUGAACUUUUUCACCCCCYUCUCUUUUCAGACUGUUCUCUUUAAAUGUAAAUAUAUUAGAGUUUGGAAAUAACCUGCAUCAAAGGUUCAKUCAUGACCAAAGACAAUCAAAAUUAUGUUGAUACUGAGAAUGCCUUAAAAUAUUUGAAGCCUAGUUUUCAAAAUAAGCAAUGUAUUUAAGAAAAGAAAAGAAAAAAAAAACACUGGAGAGUUUUUUUUUAAUCACUUGAAGAGGAGUUAAAGGAAAACGGUUUGUAAAAAUGGACAAAAUCAUGUGGUGUGGUAAAGAACGGCUCGUGUGUUUUCACGUAAACACAAAACUUCUCAGUCUUUCCAAUCCUUUAUUUAUUUUCCACGAUAAUGUUUGGGGGUUGUUACACAGAACUCAGUGCCUCUCCAAGUCACAUUCACUCACUUUUCAUGCAUUAAACGUUUAAGCCAAGUAGUCCAGAGUUUUUGGAUUUCAUUUUAAAGGGAUUGCACAGAAUUGCAUUACCAAAUAGUAAAAAAAUAAUAAAGUGCUUACUUUAGUUUUGCAUGACUAAUUCUUUAAAAAAAAAAAAGAAAAAAAGUUCUCUGAUCUAAUUUAGGAUGAGCUGUUUUUAGAAGUUAAGAUUAUUGKGUCCUAAUGAUCAUAUAAAAAGUUUUUCUUUUUUUUAUUAUUUCAUAAUCAAAGAGAAAUCGCUGAAGUGUCAUGCCUAAAACAAAUCUGCUACAUCAGCCACAUUCAAUUUUAAUGUCAGACCUAAAUUAUUCUUUUUGUUGCAGUAAAAGAUUUUCUUCAGUUUCCUUCAACUUGUAGGUUUUAGUGUUUAAAUUUAAUGAAGGUGGACUGCAUUAUAAGGGGGUUUCUGAGAAUUUAAAACUGCAGCGCAGGUAUAAAAACACUUUUUGCCUUUUAGGAAAUUGUACAAAACAUUACAUUUCUUCCCCAUAGGGGCCACUGAAUCAAAAUUUACUGUAAAAUGCACAAAGUUUAGGUUGUUAGACCAAUUUAAUAUCAAUAUUUGAAAUACAUGAGUUAUUAGGGUUUAUGUUUAGAAGGUUAUUCGUUAAUUGUGAGACUUAAGAAAUACAAAUUGGUAUGGUUAGCUCAAAUCUAAGUAGCUGUUAAUUUAUUAGAAGCUGUUGUGGCUUCAGAUUAGUGUUAAUCUUGGUGAUUUUUUUAAAUAAUAAACUGACUCUUUUCCCUGUCUUAAUAUCAAGUUCAGACGCAGUUUCAAUUACGUAAUGUGUUUUACUUGUUUUUUUUUAAUAAACAGUUUUGUUACAUUGUCUCUUCACUCAAGAGAGUGAAGUUGUGUGAAUCAUUUUAUUUUUAUGUAUUUCAUAGACAUCCACAGCUCCAUGCAGGGUUAAUAUUAUUAUGCUGUUUAAUACAAUUCAUCUGUUAAAUGUGUUGCUUAUACCUUUAGUGACACUGUACAGAUGUGUUGAUUUCUGUUUAUAGACUAUGCAUGUUUGCUUUAUAGUGGAAUGCUGUUUAGUAACCGUACAGAAAAUACAAUUUAAUAUAGGAGAUGGAUUUUUCUUGCUUUUAAUGAAAACUAUUUGUAAAAAAAAUAACGAAAAAAUAAAAUAUACAUAUAAGAGGUGUUCAGCUUUUUGUUACUCUGAUUUAAAUACUUUUUAUGCAUUGUAUGUUUCUCUUAAACACAAGUAAUAAAUGGUAAAAGUUAAA